AUGAGUAUGGAAGAUGAAUAUAAUAUAGCUACAAGAUAUCGAACUGUACGUAAACAUUUAGACAGUUUAGGAUAUAAACAAGCACUUACAUUGGAUGCACUUCCUCUGAUAGAGAAGUUGUUGGCUGAUUUGAUACAAACAACAGAAAGUUUGAAACAUUUUAAAAGUAUUGCUCAAGAAAAUAUUGAGGCACACACUCAGUUGCAAUCAACAAUUGAUCCUUAUAAAUGUGAUAAUGUAAGGCUGGUACAAGAAUGUAACCAGCUUCACUUAGAUUUGAUAAAAGAAAAGGAAAAUCAUCAAAAGCAAAUUAAGGAUUCCAAGAAAGAAAUAUAUAAAUUAGAACGUGAAUGUAAUGAUCUUCAACUAGCAUCUUCUCGUAAUUUACAUAGAAUCAAAGAACUAGAGAUUGAAUCAGCUAAUAAGUCAAAGAGAAUUUUGGAAUUACAAGGAAAAUGUUUAAAGCCGAUUAUCAGCAAUGUUGGAUUGGCUUCUAAGAAACGUCCUAUUUUUCCAUUACGAAGACCAGUUAUAGAAAGUGAACCACUGCCAAAAACAGGAAUUAAAUCUACUCCAUUACCAAAUUUAAGCACAGUUGAACCAAAAAUCAUUGAUUUGUUAAGCAUGGCUGAUCAUAAGAUGAAUUGUUUGAGUCAUGAGGUAACAAAAUUUAAGGGAGAACUCUCUUUACAAAUCGACAAUGUACAGACAUUAAAAAGUCAGCUAACUACUAAGGAAAAAGAAAUUUUACGAUUGAAAAAAAUGUUAGAAGGAGGUAGACCAUAUUCUGCUGUUUCUAAAGAUUGUGCUUGUAUAAAAGCAGAAAGCAAUUUUGUAAUGCCUAAUCACAAUAUGGAUGAUAACGAAUUGAAAAUUCUUCAACAAGAAAAGUUGGAGUUGGAGCAACAAUUAAAAGAAGCUUUAAAUAAACAACAUGAUGCUAUGUCUCAAGCACUUAAACUUGCGGAUAGAAAUGAGGAAUUAGAAAAAGAAUUAAGAGAUAUAGACCAUAUUGCAUUAGCUGUAGAAGCUGAUUGCAAUUCUGCAGUUAAGGAAAAUAAUAAAAGAGUUUCUAAAUUACAGGAAAAAUUAGAAAAUGUAAUGGCACGAGUUCAUAUAUUAGAAAGCGAAUUAUCUGUUGAACAUAGAGAGGUACAAAAAUUGAGAGCAGACUUAGAAGCCUGUAGAUCAGAGAAACUUAAUAUUCAACGUACUUUGGAAUUUACAUUAGAUGAAAAAAAGCAGAUGACUAAUAGGAUAAAUGAAUUAACAGUAAUUGAAAAAAAUUUAAAUAACGAAAUUGAAAGAUUGGCCAAGGAAAAUGAAAAACAAAAACAAGAUGUUAUUCAAUUACAAUAUAGCAAUAAAUUAUUAAAAGAACAAAUGAUUACAAAGGAAAUAUUAUUAGACGAUGAUGGUAUAAUCUUAACAGGUGCUAAUGAAAAGGGAAGAAAGAAUGAUUAUGAUACAGGACAAAAUAGAAUAGAAUUUCAAGAAGCUUCUAGGGAGAGAGAAUUUCUUCAAAACGCAAAUAGUGUCGGAUAUAAUAAUAUAUUAAAACAACUAGAUGGAAAAAAGAUUGAAAUAAACGAUUUACAGCAGGUGAUUGAACAAUUAAGGAGGGAAAGGGAUUUCUAUAAAAAUGAAUACAAAAAUAUUAAGGACAAUUACAAUAAAACGAUUGAGAGAGAUCACAUUGAUCUGUGGUCACGAAUUCGAGAAUUGAAAUGUCAAUUAAGUGAAAAAGAAAAUGCAUUAGAUGAAUUACAACGAGAAAAAAAAGAAUUAUAUUGUGAAAAAACUAAUUUGGAAACACGUUUGCAGACUUAUAAAGCUGAAUAUAAAACACCUUAUCGAUCUUGUAAUGUAUGCAAACGUGAUGCUGUAUGUAAUUGUUCUCCUGUAAUGAAAGACAUUGGCAAAACAAAGGAUAUCAUUGAACGUCUGGAACAUGAACGAGAUAUUGCACGGGCCGAUGUCGAUCGUUUAAUUGAAGAACGUGAUGCAUUACGUGAAAGAUUGAAGAUGGCGGCAGAAGCACAUACAUCUGAACAACGUCGUCUGAAAGAAAACUUUACUGAAGUUGAAACUCGGUUGAAACAGAUAGAAAAGGAACGACAAGAGCUUUUACUUACACAAGGAGCCCGAAGAGCAACUAUAAAAGGUCUCGAGGAUCAGUUACAAGACUUGCGAGAAGAGUUAAGACGAACCAAACAAGAAUUAGGAACUCAACGAACGCAAUAUUUCCAACUUCGAGCUCUUCAAGAUCAAACUGAUCAGGCAUUGGGAGAUGCUCAGAAUCAAUUAACGCAAUCGGACUCCGAAUUAAAUAAGGCGUUGGAUCAUAAUAAAAUGAUGGAGGGACAGCAGUUACAACUUGAAAAUCAAGUGAAGGAAUUACAACAGGAAAUAAACAAUCUUAAAGCAAAUAUGACACAAUUGGAUCAUGGAAAAGAUCAAUUGUUGAUGGUAUUGGAUGAAAAGACGGAAAGAAUAGCUAUUUUAGAGAGAGAAGUAAUGUUAAAAGACCAACAAAUAAUGGGAAGUGAGCAACAAAUUCGUGAUUUGCAACACAAAAAUGACAUAUGCGUGGAUCAAAGUGCAGAUCAGAAUAGACAAUUGAGAUCGAUGCAAUUGGAGAUGGAAAAUUUUCAACGACAAUUACAAACGGCUUCAUACGAUCGAGAAAAUGCUAUCCAGGAAAAUCGACGAAUCCAAGAUGAUUUGGCUGCUACUACUUGCGAAGUGAGAAACCUACAGCGUGAAUUAGAAGCAUCUCGUGCUGAAUCAUUUGAUCUGAAGAGGCAACUUCAAACUUACGUUAGCGAGGUUCGCAGGGCCGAGGAGCUUCUUAAUAGAAAGGAAAAUGAAAGAACAGAAAUGUUGAAUCACUUUAGAAGCUUAAGUUUGGAGGCUACCGUUUUGGAAAAUAAUAACCAUAGUUUGGAGUCUGAAGCAGCCGAAGCAAGGGGAGCUCUGCAAUCAGCUAGGGAUCGACUACUGGAUUUCGAACGACAAUUAGCGGAUAAAGAUAGUUUAAUAAGAAGUUAUGAAACACAGAUCAGUGAAUUAACUCAAAAUGUGGCUAGUAUGGAAACUCAGUUACGUCAGCAAGGGGAACAGAAACAUAGAGCAGAAGCUGAUUUAACUGCUGUUAGAGAUCUAUGCAUGAAAUUGGAUCAACAGAAGGAUGUACUUAUGCAACAGUUGGAUGAUAAGGAUACACUUAAAGCACAGUACGACAUGCAGAUUGCUAAAUUAAAAGCGGAGCAAGCUGUAAUUCAAGACCAAAUGAAUAAAGAUCGCGCGACAGUAGAGCGCCUUGAAAUAUUAUUGGACCAAGCAAGACAAGAAUCUAUAACUGUGCAGGCUAAUAAUCAGGAGCUGCAAAAUGAAAUGUCCAGAUUGAGACAGAAAAUGUCUGAACUUCAGAAUAAAUUAUCUUCAGAAUCGACAAAACUCCGACAGUAUCAAACUCAAGCCGCAGAAUAUUGUAAACAGAUUAGUGAUCUUCGUAGGCAAGUUACGAACGAGAGAUUUGAUCGUGCAAGAAAAGAAGAAGAGAAUCGCAGAAAUUCAGAAGGUUUCCCUGAUUCGCUUGCCCAAACUUCAUUUCCUAAUAGUCAAAUAUCUAAUGAGACUAAUGAUGCAAAAUACAGGUCUUUAAACUCAACUCCAGACAGUUUUAAUGUAGAUUUAAAUGUGGUUAUAUAAAGUCAUUUAAUCUACUCUAAUCAAUAGAUAUUUGCAGAAUGAAACAAGCAGAGAAUACAC